GUGAGUGAUUCCUGACUCGGGCUGGUGCUAGAUUUCCGAAGUCUGUUGGGGGGGUUCUAUGGUAGAUAUGAUUGAAUAAUGUUAUUGUUAUAAAUCACAUGAUAGUAAGCUAGCUAGCUAACACGUUUGGAAUAGAAAACAAUUGAAUCAAGGAUCACUCAUUUGUCAAAUGUGGACGUUCUUGUCUCUUUGGCCUAACGUUAGCUAGCUAACGUCGGAGUAGCGGAUGAUUUAUUAGCUAGUCUUCUUCUUGGCUUAGCCCAAUAUUGGACUAAAGGAGCCAACGUUAUUCCGUAGUCUAUAGACCUUACAUGUUCUCUUUAAAGGGCGAAUUGGUUCUGGAAGCCAAAACAGCCAAAUACUCAAUCUAAACGUGAAUCGGUUCUCAGUUGCGGUACUGUAUGGUUCUAGAAACAUAAAUCACUCUUUUAUAUCACGUCAAAAUAAUUUCACAAAUGCAAAAUACACAGUUACUGUAUGUACACUGUUUUAACCGGUUUUAACACAGUUGCAGCUGACAGUAUUUUUCAGUGACAACACAUUUGUGGCUUCAGUUCCAUUUACACACAGGUGUUCAGAGAUGCAGAUAGCUAAAUUAGUUAUAACAGGUAGUCUCUGUCUUCCCUCAUGAACAAGCGCUGUAACAUGGAAAUAUGGCAGUGUGGGAACCCUAACCCUAUAAAGGUGUGUAGUAAUUUAACCUUUGUUUAAAAUAAAAGAAGAAGAUUUGUCGCUGAUAUUAAAGUUACGUUCCUUAUGUUUCCAAAACCGUACCGCAAGCGAUGCGUUUAAACGUUCAGAACGAGCGGGGCAGGGCAACUAACUGGGGAAGACAACCAAUUGUGAGAAUUGAGAAUCAAAUUGGUUUUAGGUUAGGCUAUAGCAGGUCCUACCUACUUUAUCUAUCUAGCUAAUCCUUUCGGAUCUCAAGUCUUGAAGUUUGGGGUCAAUGUGGGAUUGAAUGGACUGGUUUUCCAAAGCUGACCUGUCCAUGCAGCUCAUUUGUCUGUUUGUUAUCUUGACACUUGACUUGGUGAUGUUGUGCCACCAUUACAGGAAGAGAUGUCAGGAGAGAGCGUGGUGAGCUCAGCAGUGCCGGCGGCUACAACCCGGACCACCUCCUUCAAGUGCUCCGGUCCCAGCUCCAAGUAUGUGAAGCUGAACGUGGGCGGGGUGCUCUACUACACCACCAUGCAGACCCUCACCAAGCAGGACACCAUGCUCAAGGCCAUGUUUAGCGGCAGGAUGGAGGUCCUCACAGACAGUGAAGGUACUGUAUCUGUCAGACGUCAGUGGCACCACAACACAUGGUUGGAGGGUUCCAGAAUGUCUGAGUGAGGAGUCUUUGUAACGUGCUUCUGUAUUUUGCUAUCCUGGUCCGAGGUCUGUUUGUGCGGUCUUGACAACUCCUAAAUAUUCAAUGUCGAGUCAAGACGAGCAUGACAACGAGCAUAGGAGUUGGCUAUGGGCAAUUCCACGGGAACAGAUUGAUGCUGAGACUCAGCUUUUUCACUUUAAAAUCUAUGUCAAACAAAAAUCAAUGAUUGCAGAGUUAAACAAACCAUAAAACUCUAUGCACAAUGACUACUUUUAACAAUUUCCACAGACAUUUUUACAAAAACACGUUUACUUCAAGAACAGUGAUGGUUUGUGCUGUUGGUGCCGUCAUUCUGUUACCAAACUUUGCAUCUGCACUGUUCUUUAAGUAAAUGUGUUUUAGUAACAUUUUCUGUGGAAAUUGUUCAAAGUCGUCCUUGUGCAUAGAGUUGUAUGGUUUGUUUAACAUAGCAAACAUUGUUUUUUGUUUGGCGUACAUUUUUAAAGCGAGAACUCUGAGUCUCAGCAUCACUCUACUGUGGAAUUGCCCCUAUACACUUACUACAAAUGAAAGUGGCCUCUAAUCUGGUGCUUGUCCCUUUCUAGGCUGGAUCCUGAUUGACCGGUGUGGGAAACACUUUGGGACAAUUCUGAACUACCUUAGAGACGGAGCGGUACCACUCCCAGAGAGUCGUCGGGAGACUGAGGAGAUGCUGGCUGAGUCCAAGUACUAUCUGGUCCAGGGCUUGGCUGAUGAGUGUCAGGCUGCCCUUCAGGUAUCCUCACGCUCAAAACUGGUCUUUUCUCCUGUCACACCUCCUUUUUACCUCUUUACACCCUUUUCACACUUAUGAGCCAAGCUGCACUGCACUGGCUUGGUUAUGCAUCCACUAUAGUUGCUUGAAUCGUGCUGGAAAGGACCACGUCAAAAGGAAAAUAUCAGUCAGUACGGUUUGGGUCGGCACCAUGGUGUGAAAUAGUCUGUCUCAUCCCUCCACCGACACUCUGCCUUUGUCUUUCUCUACCUACUACACAUACACCAUUACUGGCCCAGCCAACCCACCCAAUCUGUUAGAGGACCUAUGUCCAAAUUCUUGUUGAUUCUAGACAAAAUCUGUCUUUACCGUCCAAGUAUGACUGAUGUUUCUUUUCUUGGUGUUCUAGAACAAAGAGUCGUACGAGCCGUUCUGUAAAGUUCCUCUGGUGACAUCAUCGAAGGAAGAACAGAGACUCAUCGCCACCUCUAAUAAGGUAUUGUUGACUGAGUCACGCAUCAGAGUGAAGGACACGCCCAGUAUUUACUAGAGAAGAUCUAGUCUCACAUAUUCAAUUUUGACUGAUAUCUUCCUCUGUUGUUUUGUCUCUACACAGCCUACUGUCAAACUAUUAUACAACAGAAGCAACAACAAAUACUCCUACACCAGGUGAGAGAGACUUACAUCUAUAAAGACACAUUGUAAAUUAUGGUAAAUGUCAAGUGAAAAAUCUGCUAGAUCUCACAACGCCUGGAUAGGUGUUUAAAAUAUCACCUAGCCACAUCAUAUGAUAUAACAAUCUGAUGUCCGACAGCAUAGUCAAUGAUGUGACACGCAGCAGGUUGUUGCUGUGCGAAGGCAAUUACGUGUCUGCAAUGUACUCGGCGUGGAACGCGACCCAUUGUCACCAAUCAGGCUUCCCCUUCCUUCCCUCCAUGCAGUAACUCGGACGACAACAUGUUGAAGAACAUUGAGCUGUUUGACAAGCUGUCACUACGCUUCAACAACCGCGUGCUCUUCAUCAAGGACGUGAUCGGCGACGAGAUCUGCUGCUGGUCCUUCUAUGGCCAGGGCCGCAAGAUCGCCGAGGUGUGCUGCACCUCUAUCGUCUACGCCACCGAGAAGAAGCAGACCAAGGUAGCGCAAAUAAAUCAUACUCUGGGACAGCUUAUAGUGGGAUGUCAUCAUUAAGAUAUUUUAAUCAGCACAGACCCUGCAAGUACAUCAUGUCUCUGGCUUCUGUCUCUGAUGACAGAACUGAUUCCUCCUCUUUUCUAGUAAACUACCUCAAUUUCUGAGUUUGUUGUCUUUAACCUGUUGUUAGCAUCAAAUAGAAUACUUUAAUAUGCCAUUGGGACAUUUUGCUUUUUAACAAAGUACAGGCAUACUUGGCGUUCAGACAUAAUACCCAGGCAGACGGACAUACAUAAAUAUCCGCUCCCCUAACCCCCAGGUGGAGUUCCCUGAGGCGCGGAUCUACGAGGAGACCCUCAACAUCCUGCUGUAUGAGUCCCAGGACGGGAGGGGUCCCGACAACGCUCUGCUGGAGGCCACGGGGGGCGCCGCCGGCCGCUCGCACCACCUGGACGAGGACGAGGAGCGCAUCGACAGGGUGCGCAGGAUCCACGUCAAGCGGCCCGACGACCGCACACACCACCACCACCAGUAACCCCUGACGGACCUCGUCCCUCGACCAUCCAAAGCCCAGCCCUGGACGUCUGACCCUGGACUCUCAGUGGACCACGUCUGUGCCUUGCUUCCAACACCCAGCACUUCUCUCUCUCCCCCUCUUCUUCCCCACUCCUACUCUCACCCGUCCCCCACAGCGGGAGCUCACUGCUGAGGAUGAGAGACGAGUUGAAGCUUAGUGUGGUGAAGUGGAUUCAUGUGUGUUUAUGUGUAGGCCAUCUUGUUGUGUGUAGUGCUCUGAGGAUUUCUAUCUG